AGACGACGAACAACGUACGAAGCCAAUGGUGUCCAGCUUCUUACGAGUUCGGUGCGGAGUGGGCUAACCUACCUUAGCAAAGUCUAUGCCUUGGAAUGUCUUCGGUGGGCGGCUGGUAUCGAAAAUAAGUUGUCUUUAGUGGAUGUGAAAUCGAUGAAGGAGUGGGUCCAAGAUAUCCCUGGGCAUCUAGUCGCGCUGGCAUUGCACGCUUUACAACAUGGCACUGAUGGCGACAAGCUAGAAGCUGUGGUACGCUGUGCAAGCAUCGCUACAAUAGAUAAAGAUGCUGUGAAACUUCGCAAGGCUGGCAUAGUGGCACCUUUAGUUACUUUGCUACGAGAUGGAAGUGAUAUGCACAAGUUGUGGGCAGCCGAAGCGUUGAAGAACCUUUGUUGUGACGAAGCAAUUCGAGCUGAGAUGGUGGAAAAGCAGGCAAUAGGACCGCUGACGGCACUUCUGCGCGUUGGAACUGACGAGCAGAAACAUCGUGCCGCGUUAGCGUUGGGGAAUCUUGCUGCCAACCACGACGCAGCAAGGGAGAUUGGGCACAAGCAUGCUAUCGACCCACUUGCUGCGCUAGUAAAGAUCGGAACGCAGAUUCAAAAACGAUGUGCAGCGUUUGCACUUGGGAAUUUGGCACUCGAUGAUGCAAACCGAGUUGAGAUGGUUCGCGCAUGCACAAUCCCCCCGCUGGUUGCGCUUCUGCAAACGGAAAUCAAGUUGGAUAAACAACACGCGGCGAAUGCUCUAGCAAAUCUGGCAAUUGAUGUUCCCAACCAUGUUCUGAUAGUUCGCGCAGGAGCCAUAGGACCUCUAGUCGUGCUUCUGCAUACUGGAAACAAAAUGGCAAAACAAUUCCCGGCGAAUGCUCUAGCAAAUCUGGCA